UAUCAAUGGGAUGGGAAGUUUUUAUGUUCUCGAAAUUUGAAGUUCUUUAGCAUAUUUUCCUAGUUAUGGCUGCAGUUCGUAGUAUUGUUGGAAUAUUAAAUCAGAAAAAAUUAAAAUUAUUUCAGUGUUAUUCUAUUCAAGUUUUACCAAAUCGUAAUUAUAAUGUUUGUUUAUUAAGCUGUGAUAAAUUCCAAUCGAAUCACAAACGUGCCGCAGUUGGACAUCAACAUAAAGGGACUUCUACGGGAAAAUUAUCUAGUAGAGAUCAGUCAAUACGCACGUUCCAUGUAUCUUCUUCGGUGAAAGCCAAAGAUUAUUAUAGUAUAUUAAAUGUAGCAAAAAAUGCUUCAGCUAAAGAAAUUAAGAAAGCAUAUUAUGAAUUAGCUAAAAAAUAUCACCCCGACACAAAUAAAAAUGAUCCUGAUGCUAGCAGAAAAUUUCAAGAAGUUUCGGAGGCAUAUGAAGUGCUUAGUGACGACCAGAAGCGUAGAGAAUACGACACAUUUGGACGAACCUCGGAACAAGCAAGCCGAAGUGGUGGAGGUCCUAGAGGACCAGAAGGAUUUUCGCAAAGCUGGCAGUAUAGAUCAACUAUUGAUCCAGAAGAGUUAUUUAAAAUUAUUUUUGGAGAAACUGCCUCUAGAACCCAUGGUUUCGAAGACUUUGCUGGAUCACAAUUUGGUUUUGGUGGAGCACAAGAGGUUGUUGUAGAUUUAACUUUUGCACAAGCAGCUCGAGGGGUAAACAAGGACAUUAGUGUUAACAUCGUAGAUACAUGCCCAAAAUGUCACGGUUCUAAAUGUGAACCUGGAACAAAACCAGGAAAGUGUACAUACUGCAAUGGAACUGGCAUGGAAUCGAUUUCAACCGGACCUUUCGUAAUGAGAUCAACUUGCCGCUACUGCCAAGGUACUCGUCUCUAUAUUAAAUAUCCUUGUGCUGAGUGCGAAGGAAAAGGCCAAACAGUUCAAAGGAAAAAAGUUACUGUACCGGUUCCGGCUGGAGUUGAAAAUGGACAAACAGUAAGAAUGGCAGUAGGGAGCAGAGAGCUUUUUGUUACUUUUAGAGUGGAGAAGAGUAGAUACUUUGAAAGAGAUGGAGCUGAUGUACGUACAAAAGCUACUAUUUCAUUAUCUCAAGCGGUUCUUGGUGGAACAAUUAGAAUUCAAGGAGUGUAUGAAGACCAAAUUAUACAAAUUUCACCAGGAACUUCAUCACAUACAGUUAUUAAUUUAAAAGGGAAAGGUUUGAAAAGAGUCAAUUCCUAUGGUACAGGCGAUCAUUAUGUAGAUUUGAAAAUAGAAAUUCCUAAAAAAUUAACUGAGAAACAGAAAGCUUUAAUACAGGCCUAUGCUGAGCUGGAGACGGACACGCCUGGUCAAAUAUUUGGUGUAACAUUUAAAACUGAUGGUAAGUCUAAUAGAUCUGGCUAUAAAAACGAAACAAUUUCAAGUGAAUAUACUCAGGGUAACGAAUCAAGUAAUCAAAGUUAUACAGAACAUGAUCAUACAAGCUUUUAUGAGCAAUCAAGAGAAAAAUUUGAUAAAAAAUUUUAUUAUUCAAUUGGCGCAGUUUUAAUGACAUUGUUUUGGUUUUAUCAUUUAGUAUCUUCUCGACAAGAUGUUUUGGAUUAUGAAAGAGAUCUCGUUUUAAAAGAACGAGAAGAAAAUUUUCGUAGACAACAAAUGCAGCAGCAGUAUAGUAAUAGUUAUCGAGACUAAUUUAAUAAUGAAAAUUUGAUUCAUGCACUCAUUUUCAUUAUUAAUAUUUUUAAAAAUUUAAAAAGAAAAUUAAAUUCCGAUUGGUUUAUUUUAAUUUAAAUAUGAAAAAAUAAUUUUGUUUUAUUUAAGGGAAGUGAAAUGCAAUCAUCAAAACUUUUUUUUUUGCCAGAUAAGUGAUGAUAGAAAAAUAUUAAACAAGAAUUUGUAUUUAG